GUUGAAUAUACUAUAUCCCGGCUGUUGGGUCGCAGGUGAUCUUGAAGGCACUCUGGAGGCAGCAGUUGUUGUAGAGGCUCUCGAUGUCUGGUAGAAGUAUAGUCCAAUGGUGUGAUGGCGAGGUGCAGGUCUUCCCCCUGCACCACAGACUGGACUUGCUGGAGGCUUGUGCCGACUUGGUCAAUGCAGAGUGGCCUCGUAGCCGUGCUGCCCGGAUCCACGGAUUACAGAAGUCCUGCCAGAACUUUCCUGUGUGCCUAGUUCUUCUGGAGCGAGCCGCUGAUGAGGAGCAGCUGCUCGGCCAUGCCAGGCUCUCUCGAGUUGUCGGACAAUGUGGCAGCCUGUUCGUGGAGACCGUGGUGGUUUGCCAGGCUCAGCGGGGAAAAGGCUACGGUCGCAAGCUGAUGGAGGCUUCCGAGCGCUAUGCCAGGACCAGGGGCUUCCGGAGAUUGUGCUUGACCACACACGACAAGCAGCAUUUCUAUGCACACCUUGGGUAUGUGCUUUCUAAGCCAGUCCAGAACGCUGGAGCCAUGACCUCCUUCAUGCCCAUGGAGGUUCUGCAGAAGUUUUCCAGGAUACAGGACACAGUGUGUUCAUUUGGACCUCCGAGGAGCUCCGCUAGACAAGGUCUUCAGAAGAACCUGCCGUCAAACUCGGAACCAGAUCCUCCUCAAGUUUCUUGUCAAACUGAAAUCCUCUGUCCUAAACCACUUGCUGUUCCGUCUCAACCAAGCAACCAACCUCCUCAACCUCCUCCGCCACCUCCUGCUCCACCACUGCCUCCACAACUUCCUGCCACCUGUCACCCGAUUCCUCCAGUAGCCCAAAGUCAGAGCAAAACGCAAACCCUAUACACCCCAUACAGAGAUGCUAAGGGGAUGCCAAUCUACUGGAUGCAUAAGGACAUUUAACUGUGAUUACGACCUACAACAAUCGUCACAGAAAAAUGAGAGGUUCAAGACAAAUGUCAAAGGUUGCUGACCCCAGUGUGCUAAUUGAAUACAUUUGGCAAAUGAAAAGCAAAACAGCUACGAUAAAAUUAAUAGUACCCACACCUUGGAGUACCUGGAAAUUCCAGAAGCUCACAUUCACUUUGUCUUUGGAAAUUAAUUAUACACUUUAAAAACUGUAAUUUUGCUUGUAAUAAAUGAAAGUGAGUUGA